UCGACGUUUGUUCUGAUAGUUUUGUUGUACUGACGCUGUUUGUUAUUUGAUAGAAGAUCAGUUUGGCCAUGCAAUUAUUGCAAUAAUUUUCUCUUGAAGUAGGGUAUACUAUUUGUUGUCGAAACUCAUUUUCUACGCUAGGAUAUUGAAAGUUUGCGACUUCACAUUGCUUUUUGUUUCGGGCUUUAAAUGGAGAGGGGGACAGGCUAUUUACCAAUAGACUAACUUGCCUUAAUUCCUAUUAAAUAAAUAAUGGACAGAUUUUUUUUAAAGGAAGGAAACAUUUCACUACAGGUUAUGUUGAUUUGUUCCCUCUUACCCUCCAGAUAUUGAGCAAAUAAGUAUUGGCUAAGCAAAUCACUGACUACACAGUAUUAUUCUCGGGCACCGUACGAGAAUAACUGUAGCCCUGACGUUUGCUACAAAUAAUAUUGAAAAGAGAAGAACUCAUUAUUCGGAUUGGUUAUAAAUGUAUAUUAAGUGUUGUCGACGUUAUUUGAGGUGCAAUUCAAAGACGAAGAAGAAGAAUAGAAGUGUCAGGUGAUUUCAUCAACACGAGGAACCAUCUGGUGAUUGCAUCGCUAAGUUUACCCUGCUCCUGCGUGUUAUCCCUAAACUCCAGUGGAAGGGAGGAAGAGAAGCUGCUCUGUGAGAGAGAUCUCCCAGGUGGAUCGUAGCAACGCGUCAACUCUAAUAGAGCCUCCCCCAGUCCACUCCCCAGCCAUCUGACAGACCCAACAAACAUCAAAGUUUUUCUUCCUUCUAACUAUCAGGCUCUUCCACUCCGUGUCUGUACAGAGGGGGAUGUCUGUUAUCUAACUGCUCUGUCUACCAAUCUACCAGCUCAGCUCAGUCCAAUCUAGCCCUGCUCCCCUGACUCAACUUCCGGCCACCCUCAGCCAUGGAGGACUAUGAGGUGUGCUCGACCGCCAGUAUUCUGGCUUCGGUGAAAGAGCAGGAGGCGCGUUUCGAGCGUCUGACCCGGGCGCUGGAGGAGGAGCGACGCAACGUCUCCCUGCAGCUGGAGCGUUCCAACAUAACAGCCGACAGGCUGGGAGGGACUGGGCCUAAUGCUAACCUGCCACCCAACAGCCAACCCCUGGCCUGGCAGCAGGUGGUGAUGCAGGAGCAGAGCCCCAGUAACCAGACGUCUCUGGCCAUGAUGCAGGAGCCCCAGGAGAUGGUGGAGGAGACGGUCACCAUUGAGGAGGACCCUGGCACGCCCACCUCCCACGUUUCCGUAGUCACCUCCGACGACGGCACCACGCGACGCACAGAAACCAAGGAUAUGUCAACUAACCUGAAGGUGACCAGGGUGAUCAAAACCAUCACCCGCCACACUUACCUGCCAGUGACCAUCAUCGAGACCCCGGUGGUGCUGGAAGGUUCCAUCUCACCGCAGUCCAAACCCAGCACCUCUUCUCCCACCCCGUCACAGACAGACACAGUGACGAAGAUGGUGAAGACGGUGACCACGCGGACGGUUCGACAGGUGCCCCUGGGCCCCGACGGCCUGCCCCUACCCGAGGGCUCCUCCCCGCUGGGCAGCUACACAGACUCCAUCGACCGGCGCUACCUAAAGAACGGCGAGCGCUAUAUCACCACGCCGCAGGCCACCUCCACGCUCACGCGCUCCUACAACAACUACAACGACUCCUACACCGACACGCUCCCCCCCGAUGCCGGCGGGAGCCAUUAUGGUGGGCGCCACUAUGGCCUCCACGACGGCUACGGGAUUGGAGACGUGACAGACAACUACGGCAGCCUGUCACGUGGCGUCAACUUCCGGCCGCCCCGCUAUCCCUACGCCAUGGCUAACAGCUACCGGACGGAGAACAGCUACGGGACCUUACCCAUUCGGAAGGAUGACUACGGCCACGUGGCCCAGCCUCAGGUGCCCAUGGGCAGCAGCAGUGUGGACCUGAACCGGUCCCAGCCAGAACGCUUCCAGCCAGAGCCCUACGGACUAGAGGACGACCGCCGCAGCCUGGGCCCUGAGGAGGAGGAGCCCUAUGACCUGGACCCUGACUACUCCACCGCCAGCCGGCGCCAAGGCACGCUGCCUGGCACCAACCGCGGCAGGACCGUGAGAGAGCCACUCCGUGACGGGCCACGUGUCAGGGGGUACGAUGACCCCAUCGAGGCAGAGCUGGUUGACGAGCGACACCCCUACAUCCAUGGCAUGUACGCGGCCCCCCUGGCCCAGCCCGAGAGGGGUAGCAUGGCCAGCCUGGACCGCCUGGCUGGCCGCCGCUCGCCCUCCAUAGACAGCAUCCGCAAGGACCCGCGCUGGCGUGACCCAGACCUGCAAGAGGUCAUCGCCAUGCUGGGCCACCCUAUCGACCCGGUCAAGUCCAACGCCGCCGCCUACCUGCAGCACCUGUGCUACGAGAACGACAAGAUCAAGAAGGAUGUGCGCCAGCUGAAGGGGAUCCCUGUGCUGGCAGGGUUGCUGGACCACCCCAAGGCUGAGGUCCACCGCAAGGCCUGUGGAGCCCUGAGGAACAUCUCCUACGGCAAGGACCACGACAACAAGGUGGCCAUCAAGAACUGCGAUGGUAUCCCAGCCCUCAUCCGCCUGCUGAGGAAGACCAACGACAUGGAGGUCCGUGAGCUCAUCACAGGGACCCUGUGGAACCUGUCUUCCUAUGAGCCUCUGAAGAUGGUGAUUAUAAACCACGGGCUUCAGACUAUGACCAACGAGGUCAUCAUCCCCCACUCAGGCUGGGAGCACGAGCCCAACGAGGACUCCAAGCCCCGCGACGCAGAGUGGACCACCGUCUUCAAGAACACCUCUGGUUGUCUGAGGAACGUGAGUUCGGACGGGGCCGAGGCGAGGCGCAGGCUGAGGGAGUGUGAGGGGCUGGUGGACGCUCUGCUCCACGCCCUGCAGUCAGCUGUGGGGAAGAAAGACAUGGACAACAAGUCUGUGGAGAACUGUGUGUGUAUCAUGAGGAACCUGUCCUACCACGUUCACAAGGAGAUCCCAGGGGCCGAGAAGUUCACAGACCCAUCAGUGCUGCAGGCCCCGGGCUCUGUGGGCCCUCAGAGGAAGAAGAAGGAUGACGCAGGCUGCUUCGGAGGGAAGAAGGCCAAAGAGGAGUGGUUUAAUCAAGGCAGGAAAAACGGAGAGAAUGCCAAAAGCUACGACACGCUGGAUCUCCCCAAACGCACUGAACCCACAAAAGGUUUUGAGCUGCUGUACCAGCCAGAGGUAGUGAGGCUGUACCUGUCUCUGCUCACUGAGAGCCAGAACUACAACACUCUGGAGGCUGCAGCAGGGGCCCUGCAGAACCUCAGUGCCGGACAGUGGACCUGGUCCAACUACAUACGAGCCACUGUGAGGAAGGAGAAGGGUCUUCCCAUCCUGGUGGAGCUGCUGCGUUCUGAUGCUGACAAGGUGGUCCGAGCCGUGGCCAUCGCCCUGCGUAACCUCUCCAUCGACCGCCGCAACAAAGACCUGAUCGGGAGCUAUGCCAUGAGGGACCUGGUGAGUAACCUGCCCAGUGGUCAGCAGCGGCCAGCCAAGAACCUGGAGGAAGACACAGUGGUGGCCAUCCUCAACACCAUCCACGAGAUCGUGACGGACAGCUCUGAGAACGCACGCUCCCUCAUCCAGGCCCAGGCCAUCGAGAAACUGGUGGCCAUCAACAAGACAAGCCAAUCACCACGUGAGAACAAGGCUGCCUCCCACGUGUUGCAGACGGUGUGGAGCUACAAGGACCUGAGGAACGCCCUGACCAAGGAAGGAUGGAAUAAGAGCCACUUCCAGUCUACAGCAAGCGGCGCCCCUAAAGCAGCCAAGAACGGCAAACCAGGCUACGACGACACUACCCUGCCCCUGAUGGAGAAGAACCAAGGUCAGUCUGUGACGGCAGGCGAGACUGGGGAUCCUCCGGGCCUGGCCUACUGUGGUGAACUGAGCACCAAGAAAAAUGGAAGUGGUGAUAUGAUACCUAUGGACGAGCUUGGUCCAGAUGGCUACUCCACCAUCGACCAGAGAGACAAGGACUGCAAGUACAAGAGUAGUGGAGAUGGGUCAGUGGACCUGACAGAACGGGAGCCAUUGAAGAAUGAGACAAAUACGAAACACUAUGUCAGGAGUAACAGGCCUGCAGUCAAUCUGGUGGAUGCUUGUGACGUUAAACCUCAGCCUGUUGACUCCUGGGUCUAAAUGCAUGCAUGGCUUAAAUAACAACAGCGCAACAUCUCAACUAGAUGAGGAUUUCCCACGUCAUCACUGCCAUAACACAUGGAGCUUAUUUUGAUGUUGACUCGUCAGCAGAUAGACUUUGUAAAUGAAAGAGAGAGAAACAAAACAACAACAAAUGAUCAUCCAUCAGCCAAUGUUUCAUGCUUUUUGAAUCAGCAAAUGAAAUGUAUAGAACAGAAAAUCAAAAAAUGACUACUUCUACUACUACUCAUAUCUACAUUCCCACCGGAUGGACAAACAUAGUGUACACGAACAUGAGGACUGACUGGAGCAGCUCUAGUGUCAGGAUGGAAGAAUGGAGGCAGUUAUCCUCCUCGGGAUACAAGUGUUCUAAAGCGCUGUCUUUACUGUUACUCUAAGGAUGGCUGGUGGUGGUGUGAGGCAGGAGAGAACGUUAUGUUUGUUGAUUCUACUGCUUGCAAAGGUGGAGGGAAAGGGAACAUUGAACUAUUUAAUUUUCAUGUCAAAAUGAAGUGUGCUUCCAAUUGUUUAUUUCCAUGUAACAAUUUAGCUUUUUGUUUCCAUUUUUGUUUGUCUUUCCUCGAGGCACUGUAAAUUGUAUUUGUUUGUAAUAUUGUUUUUAUUUUGCUGGUCUGUCUUUUUCAUUUUAGUUUGAAGAAGUGUGGUCUGGUGUGGUAGAUGGCAGAUGAAUGUUGGUGUGGUUUUAAGUUCGGGACUUGAUGCUUGAGCGUCGCUUAAAGGAGCUGUAGCAGACUCCACACAUGCGCUUUUCACACGCGAAGGCUCUCAAACACAUUUGUCAUACAAUGGUUCACUGUGUUUCUUUAAGUGCACUGGGAUCAUUGCUGUGCAACUCAUAGGGGACUGACUGGGUGCUGAUUCAGUUCAUAAACCCACAAAGAAUUUCACACACCUGCAAGUGUUGAUUGGAGUUAGGGAAGUGAAAUGACAUGUACAUUUGGUGGGGUUACUUAUAGCUGUUGAGUAAAACAAAAUUAAAAUAUAUUUUCGGAA